GGGACGCAGCUGCGCGGAGAGGUUUAAAACAACUUUGGCUUUGGUGUUUAAGCCUUGCUGAGAUCUUCUGAGGCUCUAGAACAGGAGAUAAGAACUGGAGCAAAAGACCUGCGUGACGUUGACUCUUCUGACAGCACCAUCACAGCAAGCGCUUCAGAAGCGAGUCGUGUUCAGAGGAGGGAAACAGGCCAUACAUGAGGCACUGACAUCCAGACGUUCAAUAUAGACCAAAAACAGUGAGAGGAGUUCCACUGCUCUGACCUCUGCGUUGGAGACAUGGAGGAUAAGUGGAUGUUGAGGGCCAUGUUAGUUCUGGCUGUCUGUCUUGCAAGACAUCUCAUAUCAGGACACAGUGACAGAACUUCUUUGGAUUCUGACAAAACAUCACACAGCUCUGAUCCUACACAAGAAAAGCUUGAAGGUUCCAGGAAUGAGAGCUUUGAAGUGGACAGCAGGGUCACUUUACUCUGCACCAGCAGAAAGAUAAUAUGGAGUGAGAUGAUUUAUGUCAUCUGGAAAAUCAGCUUAAAAGAGAAGAACUGCAGUAUUGCUGUGGCUGUAAAUGACACAGAUGUCGACACCUGUGAAGAUGGGAAGAUUAUCAUUAGUGCAGGUGGAGACUACAGCCUGAUCAUCCCUCAUUUUUCCAUUAAAGAUGAAGGAAAUUACACCUGUGAUGUGUCCUACCGUGCGGGGGGCUACGUGGAAACAAUUCAUGUGUCUGCAUGGGCCCAUCCAAGCCUGACUGGUAGGCUGGAAGCUAAAGGUUGCCACACUUUCGCUGUCUGUGAAGUUCAAAGCUUACCCUCAGCUGCCAUCCUCUGGGAAACUCCAUGGAACUCCUCUUCACCCGAGACACACUCAUCCAGAGAUGCUAGAGGAGUUUUCACAGUGACGAGCUGGUUGCAGCUGCCUUGCGAUGCCUUUCACAAAAACCUGUCCUGUGUGGUCAUUGCUAGCGACUCCAAGUGGACAGAGACUCAAUUCAUCAUCUCAGUGUGCAAAGACACUGUUGAAUGGCUUUCUGUUCUUCUGGGGGUUUGGGCCACCUGGAUCAUCAUAAAGCUUCUGGCUGGCUUCUACAUCACAUAUAAAACUCUCAGACGGUUUAGGUAGGAUACUUCUGAAGACUGAUUGUGAGAUGAACUGUUCUAGAAAUGUUAGGUUUACUAUGGAACAUGUAAUGAACAAAUCAGUACUUAUCAAGAUCUUAAUAGGCUGUAAACAGGCUUAACAGGCUGAUUGCAGGCCAUAGUUUACCUCAUAGAGCAAGUGUGGGAUUUUGCAUACCUUGGGUCACUGAUUCAGGAUAGAAAGUGACGUCUUCGAAGGAGACACGUGCUCAGAUUGGACAGGCUGCCACAGUGGUUGCCUUGCUCUAAUUGUGCUGAUGGAAGAAGAAUAACAUUUCUACAAUGACCAAGACCUACCUCUUUCAAACGCUGAUCCAAAUCCUGAUCCAAAACUUGGACCCUACUCAAGAUGGAUUUUGAAAAAACUCUCGACUUUCUGAAUGCGAUGCCUGAUCAUUUCGUGAUCACAUCAACAACGACACCUUCUGAGCCAACCACUGUUGUUUGAUGUGCAGGUGUGAACGGGAGAACAUGUUGGGCCAGGUGGAACCGUUCAUGGGACGCAACCCCACUAAAAAGGGACUGUUAUUGUUGUUGUGUGUUUAUUUUGAGAAGUGUCAUGUGAUUACUGUGUUUAUAUGUGCUGGGUGGUGGGUUUAGCUGAGUAGGUUAAACCCUACCCUAGAGUGGAAAAGCAUGGCUGUGGGUGACCUUUCCAGCAAUUCCGGUUCAAUUUUCUGCUGUUUUCACUGAAGAACAAAGCUUUCAGCAGAAAUUAUGGCCUUGGCUGACUCUUCUUCAGCACAACUCCACAACACUUU